AUGAACAAGUGUAGUUUAGCUUUGUAAACAUCAAUGCUUUUUGAUGAAUAAGAAGACUUCCAAGGUCAUAACUUCGAUGAAUUAGGGCCAUGGUUUAAAUUGAAAGAAAAGAAAUAAUUGAUUGUUCCAUUACAGCCAAUAAGAGUCCCUUAGGUUAAAAUAAAAAAUUAAUAAUUAUAAAAACGGGUUUACCAAAUCAAAACGGAAAGGUAUAACACUGAAAGGACCAUGCAUAUGAAUGAGAAUCCAUUUUACAUAAAUAAAAUAAAAUAAAAUUAAGAAUACACUGAUUCAUCACCAGUGGAAUAAAUCAUUAAGAAGCACUUCUCUAAUAAAUAGACUGUAUUUUUCCCAAAGAGCCAACAGACUUCGUUUGUAUAAAAGUCAGAUAAAUCAAAUCGAUAAAUAAGAGUUAAGAAACUCAAGAUUUAUCAUUCUGAUAUACCAUUGCUCAACUAAUAUAAUUAUUUUUCGAGAUUAUUAUGA